AUGUCCACAGCAACCAACGAUAUGGAUUCAGCUGUUGAAGAUAUAAGGCAUCUUUAUAAAGAGGACACCAAAGAACUUUUAAACAGCGGUGACGAAAAGAUGCUGGAAAAUCCAAUGGAGGUCGAAACGCCGACAAGCUAUCCCAACGCAGUGGAUAUACUUCUUUGUCUGUUGCGUACACAUUCGGAUCCGCAGCUACGUGGUCAACUUUGCGUUCUAUUCGGCCAACUCAUAUGCGCCUCUCUCAUCCAUGAUGUUCUCCUUGAAGGUGACGGAUCUCCGGUCCUGACCAAGCCGUACGAUGUGCUACUGGGUGCGAUUGAUCGAGUACUGUCUUCCUCCGUCGAGUCUUCGGAAACCACUUAG